CGCGCCUCGCUAUUCAGCUCGAUUUCUAAUCGUUCGUCCGCCGCACUCGACUUAACAAGUCAAUAGGCAAGGUUGGCUCUGCCUCGGUUCAAGUGCCUCGAGUAUAAAACAGCAGCAGACCCCAGUGUCAUUGUCGAGAAGAUCAAGAGCAAGCAAGUCAGCCGGUAUUCUCGCCCAUCUCCCAGUAUAGCCUCCCCAACUCAUCAACAUCACCAUGUUGGCAUAUCUCACCUCUGCAGUCGUCGUCCUCGGGGCCACGCUCGCCGUAACAACAGCAGCCCUCGCUGAGCCCCAUGGACCCCAACCGCCAUUUGCCUCCUGCUCACCAGUCUCAUUCACCAUCUCAGCGACGUCGCAAAAACGUCUUGUUGCUGCGCACGGCGGCGAGGACGCGGUGCAGGAUCUCGAGCGGGCUGCUGCCGUGGCUCAGCCGGUUGAGCGCCAGCGUGUGGCAGCCCACUACGUUGGCGUAGCCCUGGUAGUUGUAGCGCGCGCGCCCUGGCCGAGACCCGACCACAGGGUCUUGUCGUACGUCGCGCCGUGGAUGAGCACCUGAAGGGUGCCCCGUACUUGAGCCGUGGUUGGCUUGCAGUAGAUGCCGGUCACGGCGAAGGUGCCGCUGACUUGGCGGGUGCCGUUGGUCGCGACGCCGGUUGUCGAGGCCGCAUGCAGGAAGGCGAUGAUCUGGCUGGCGUUGUUGGCGACGGGCGGCACGGUGAACCGCAGCAACGCCCUGGGCCGCUCCUUCGCCAAAAUCGCCUACGUCGGUCACUCGCUCGGCUCAGUCCUCGGCGCGGCGAUCGUGCGCACGUACCCGUCCGACGCCGACGCGCUGGUCU